AUGGAAGGCCUCUCGGUCGGCGUCAGACGCUCGGCGUUCGAGAAGCUUGCGGCUUUGGCUGUCAAGUCGCCAGCUCAGGAUGGAUCGAGCCUUGAUCGUCUCGCUCAACAGUCGCGACCGACUCGUCCGAUUGAUGGUACGCUGAAUGGGAUACUCAAAAACCAAGCCCCUACGUCUCGAGUUCCAAUGGGGAUCCGUGAACUCGAUGUCCUAUUAGCCUUAUGUAAAGCUGCAUUGUCUGUCAAUGAGCUCGAUCACGCCCGGCGAUUAGUCACUCAACUAUCCCAAUACCUGCCCGAGUCCCCCAGUCAGCUGUUUCGCCCGUCGCCAUUUCUCCAGAGCAUCAAACCGUCACCAUGGGAGACUCUGUCGCACAGCCUGACAUCGGCUUUAUUGUCCCUCGGCUUGAAAUUUCCGACCUUGCGGAAGGAAGCAGUCGCCAGUCUCACUGGGUACCUGAACAAUUGCGCCGAGGCUAUUAGUUCAGUGACGCCGUUCCACUACUCUACAUCCGAAGCUGGAGGACGAGGUGUAGUGCACGAAUCGAUUGCGAUUCUGUCCAUCGCCGUGUCGCUUGUGGGAUUCCUAGAAGCAUCGGCAAAGCACACUGUGUUUUGGACCGCCAGGGAGAAAUUACAGAUCAUCGAUCAUUUACGUGCCAUGCUCUCCGAGUCGUUUCUUAUUGCAGUGGAGACGGCCUCUUCAACCAUUCGCAAUGCUACAGGGAACGACAGCAUCUUCAAGGAUUGGAGAAAAUAUACUCGACGAUAUGCAGCACAUGGGCGGCCCUUGGGCGCCAUGUUGAUGCAGGAGGGCUUCAUGCGCUUUGUGAAAUCCUGCGCGGCAUCCCUGAUCGGGUCGCAAAACUUAUCCGAUGAUCAACUGCUAGAUGAUUAUAUGGCUGGGGUUGGGAUUGCCAAGAGCUAUGAUGAGUCUGACAUUGCUUUGAUCGAGCGAAUUACGGACCUAAUCAGCGAAGAAAUCCAUCUGCUGGAGGACGGUUCGGAUUAUCUCCAAGUCGGCUCGCCCUCUCAGCAGAAGCUAGCUUUCUCCGUGAAAGGCGAUGCCUUGAUUGGCUUCCUGAACUGCGUCGUACUUGGCGAGGAUGCCGCUAAUAACGACGUCUUGCUAUCAUGGCUUGAGGAAUCCUUAAUUGACACCCAGCAAAUGGCAUGUGCGGAGCUGGCCACGACAGCGUUGAAAUGCAUGGCAAUUCUGGCUAGAAUGUCCCCCAAUGGUGCCUCAAUUGCAAGGAGGUGCUUGUUGAGAUUCUUAACCCAGGGUGGUGCUUCCAUUGGCUCUGUGGUUGCCGUGGCUGCUCGAUGCCUCGCCCAGGUUCUUAGCAUCCUCUCGGAAGAUGCUGUGAUCACCACCCUCUACUCUUUAGGAAAUGCCCUGAGCCCAAGCUCCAACAACGAUCAGUCGGCACAGGACCAGUUUACUGGUGAUGCCACUGGCACUGCGAACAACCUGGCAUCCUACCCCCAGCCAAGUAACGGAAGCCAGUUAUCUAUACUAGCCGUUGGCGAGGGAGAAGCCUUUGUUUAUCGAAAUGUUGUUCAUGCCAUCGUGAUAAUUGCCACGAGUUGCGAUGAUGACAAAAUCAGUGCACUGGCGCAAUCCAUGCUUCUACAGAAAGUUGGCAAGAUUAACGUUGCGGUGGACGCCUAUAUCAUUCAGGAGACUGCUGUUCUCGCUUUGAGCAGUGGUAAGGCUGAAUUCCAACUUUUGCUGAAAUUCUAUGCCCGUAUCUACCUCGACGGGGCGCACAAGGGGCUGCCGAUUAUUUCUGAUGCGGUUCAGUGCGCAAUGGCAUACCUUUCCGUUUCCUUGGACCAAAACUCCCCACUCCACGCAAUCUAUCUGACUCACCUUCUGGAGAGUAUUGUCAACAAGGGGGAUGUUCCUGAUCUCGACGCUGAGCGUCACGCGGAGGUCGUUUUCGCUUCUAGUGAUAUAACCCCGCUAUUGAAACCUCUGGCGCUUUUGGUUUCGUCCGUAAAGCGUUCGCUAGAAAACCCGGAUCCCGUGUUAGACUAUGAUGACGCUACCUUGUCCUUAUUCCGUGAUGCCUGGUUCAAUAUUGCCAUCCAUGGUAUUACGUUGAACUCGAGUGUCUUUCACGAGUAUACCAGAGAGCUUCGUCUGUUGGCAAGCCACUCUCCACCCCUUGUGGCGGAAGAUCGUAUGGAGUUACUUGAGAGCGAUGUUGAACUCAAUACUGUGCUCAGAAGAGGUACGGGCCCUCAGCGAGUCUUGGAACAAAAGCGUACCUUGAUUUCAGAGCUGGUUGGCCGUGAAGCCGACGUCAAGCGGUUGGAUUACCCACGAGCCGUGUUUCUCAAUGCCGUGUUGUUGGUCGAAAGUCUCCGCGCAUCCUCGGGAGACUGCACCAAGAUCCUCCGGUACUUCCGUGAUCCUUCUUUAGCCACCCCUGAAAUGGUUGUCUGCAUGAAUGCUGUCGCGGAGAAAACUGUGACUUGUUAUCUUUCGCGCACCUUGUCUGAAGAAUACGACGAAUUUUCGGCGCCAUACCUUUCAAAGCAGCUGGCCGCUUACCUGGUAGCUUGCUGCCAUCGCAUUGAACGCGUACAAAGUAUUGCAACGAUAUGUACGGACAAAAUUAUCAGCCAAUGCCCCUCUGCGCUCUGCGAGAAACACUCCCUUUUUGCUUUGCUUGAGAUUCUCACCGUGAUGUGGUCAUCUUGCCUGCAGGGAGAACUAGAUGAGUUUGAGUGGAAACCAACUUUGGUCUCACCUAUGGGGAUCGUGAAGGUUGAUUUACCAGAUAACUACGCACUUAGAAAAGCGACCCUAGAUCGGUUCCUUGUGCGAGCUAGAACAUGGGUGACUACAGUCUUGAAUAUCGCACCACUAGAUAUCAAGGGACUACUUCAGACAUACCUGUCGGAGUACGACGAUGAUGGUGGCUAUGGCCAUAUUGCUCUAGGCCGCUCCUUCGCUCUCGAGAUGGGAUCCCUGAUCCCACAGAGUGACCCGCGACUAGGAUCCCUUGAAGGUUACAAUGCCCAUGAUGUCAACAUCGCCUCGGAUUUCAUGGCUCUCUACACGACUCGUCAGAAGUAUCGCCGUCCCGAGAUAUCUUCAUCGAUUGUUUCACAUGAUGGAUUCCAUCUUGGUGACAGUCCAAAGGUUGAGGCAGUGACUGAAUCUGAUACUGCUGGUGAUAUCGAACACUCCCUAUCUGUCCUCUACGAACGUAGUAUGGAUGGAGAAGAAAUUCCCUUGAUUGAGGUCAGAGAUGUUCUGCGGCAAGCAGCGGGCCUCAUUUGUAGUAGCAGCCAACCUCGUCUGUCGGUCGUUCAUUACCUGGUGGCAUUGCCUUUUCAAAUCUUCAGCAAGGAAAUCAUCAAAUUGGGCGUUUCUUUAUGGCUUGGUGUCAUCCAUGAAAACCCCAAUAUUGAGCCACGCAUUCUAGCAGAGGUGGUGGAAGCCUGGGAAAGAAGUAUUCACCGCCGAAAGGGAUUGUUUGAUACAUCAUUUGAGCAUUCCGAUCCGCUACAUACCGUGAUCGAGUUAUUACCAACAGAUAAAGCAGCGAUGCUUCAAAAGCAAGAAGCCGCGCAGAAUACACUCUCGCCACAUCUGCGUGUCCUACAAUUCUUCGAGAGCCACUUCAAUGCCAUCCGGCUCGGCAAUUUGCAGGAUCAGCAGUUAUUUGGUCGGUUGAUCAGCAGUACCGUGGUGGGUCUCUCGAAGACCCAGUGCCAUCCUUUAGCUCGCGAGAUUCACUUCCGCAUCGUUCUCUUUGGAUUGAGCGUUUUGAAACACUUCAGCCCUCGGAGCCCUGCUGCAUCUUGGAAACUCAAAGAUCAAAUCUUGACUGCCGCGCUAAGCUGGUUUAGAUACCCACCCAGGUGGUCCUUUGGUGGCAAUCGAUUACAGAUCAAAUCUGAAGAUAAGAUUCUUGGUGAUGUUCUCACUGCUCUGCGGAGCAUUGCAGAGAUAGCUACCCAGUCCCAUGGAGCAUACAAGUCUCUCCAGGCCAAGCAGGAGUUGACUCAAAUUCUUAUCGAGAAUGAAAGAUCACGCCUGCGGGUUUGGCUGUUCCCCUUGGAGCCCGAGCGAAAGCACCACAUGCCAUCGCUUGGUGGCAAGCACACUGUUGAUAGUAUGACAUCUUUCCUUCGACUUGCUUGGGCAGAGAGUCCGGGCCUGGCCAUUCAGCUUGCCACCAGGUUCCCAUCGCCGAAGAUGCAAAGCGAUGUUCGGGGGCUAAUCUUGAACUUUCCUGAAAAUGCCAUCCCGGAGGCAAGUGCUUUGGAAAUCAUGUUUGACUCGUCUCUACCAUCUGAUAGACUAAUUGCGUUGCAGUAUCUACUAUUCUGGGCGCCAGUCAAUCCCACAGAGGCAUUGACCUACUUCCUUCCCGCUUACGGCAACCACCCCUUUAUCCUCCAAUACGCAAUGCGGGCUCUGGAAAGUCACUCGAUGGAUGUUCGCUUCUAUAUCGUGCCACAGCUGGUCCAGGCUUUACGAUACGAUGCCCUGGGCUACGUCGAGCGCUAUAUCCUUGAGACAGCAAAAUUGUCACAGCUGUUUGCUCACCAGGUGAUUUGGAACAUGAAAGCUAACUCUUACAAGGAUGAAGAUUCCCAAGUGCCGGAUCCUCUGAAACCAACACUGGACCGAUUUAUCGAGUCUUUGAUUUCAAGCUUCUCCGACGAAGAGCGCAUUUUCUAUGAAAGAGAGUUCUCUUUCUUCAAUGAGAUCACUGGUAUCUCUGGUACGCUUCGGCCCUAUAUCAAGAAGAGUAAGCCCGAGAAGAAGGAGAAGAUUGAGGAGGAGCUUCGUAAGAUCAAGGUGGAAGUGGGCGUGUAUCUCCCAAGUAACCCUGACGGUGUGGUGGUGGGCAUUGAUCGGAAGUCCGGCAAGCCCCUUCAGAGCCACGCAAAAGCGCCCUACAUGGCAACCUUCCGAAUUCAAAAGACCCGGCCACGGCUGGAGGCUAAUAAGGGAGCUCGUGCUCACGGGAAUGAAUCUCGACAAGUGGCCAAGCGGGCCUCGUACGCCGAACAAGAGACCUACGAGGUUUGGCAGUCGGCGAUUUUCAAGGUCGGCGAUGACUGUCGUCAGGACAUGCUCGCUUUGCAGAUGAUUGCGGCAUUCCGUAGCAUCUUCUCCAGUGUCGGUCUCGAUGUCUGGGUCUUCCCGUACCGAGUCACCUCCACAGCCCCUGGUUGCGGUGUCAUCGACGUGUUGCCCAAUUCGAUUUCUCGGGAUAUGCUCGGGCGUGAGGCCGUGAAUGGAUUGUACGAUUACUUUGUCUCUAAAUAUGGAGGUGAAGAUUCGAUCAGAUUCCAGGAGGCACGCACCAACUUCGUGAAAAGUAUGGCAGCGUAUUCCGUCAUCUCCUAUUUGCUCCAGUUCAAGGACCGACACAACGGCAACAUCAUGAUCGAUGACGCUGGACAUAUUAUCCACAUUGAUUUUGGUUUCUGUUUCGAUAUUGCCCCCGGUGGUGUUCGUUUCGAGCGAGCACCGUUCAAGUUGACUUCGGAAAUGGUUGCUGUGAUCAGUGGGACUCACGACCCAGCUCAUCACCCCAGUGGCAAUGCCGGCCUUGGUUUGCCUGGCAGCCAUUCUUUCAAUCCAACUGCCACUCAGCCUUACCGAUGGUUUGAGUCAAUGGUUGUCAAGGCCUUCCUAGCCUCGCGACCAUACUGCACCAAGCUUUCCCACAUUGUUUCCCUGAUGCUGGAUAGCGGUCUGCCUUGCUUCAAGCCCGAGACCCUUAAGAACUUCCGCGAUCGAUUUGCCUUGGACAAGAACGAGAGGGAUGCAGCUGAACACAUGCGAGACUUGGUACGGAAGUCUUACAUGAGUCGAUCUACUAAGGGAUAUGAUCAAUUCCAAUUGAUGACCAAUGGUAUUCCCUACUGA